AUGUCGAAAUGGAGUAUUAAUAAAAAAAAGCGGAAGGGAAGAUAUAGCAGUAGUGAACACAGCAAUAAAAGCAUAAAAAUGAGGAAACGAAAAUCAUCAUGCACCUCAAGUGAUGAUAGUACAAGAAAAUGCAAAGGAAGAAAAAGGAUACAUGAGAGGACUAGGUCUUCAUCCCAUUUAUUAGAGGAAAGAGGAAGAAAAAAUGACACGUCGCAUAAUAAAACGAAAUGCGAAAAAAGCAAAAAAAGAACAAAAAGGGAAGUGUCACUUGAUUACCCAGAGGGGGAUCGCUAUAGAAGUAGUAGCAAAGAUUAUUCUUCUCCCAGAAGAAGCACAUCCAUUCGGAGAGGAGGCACAUCCAUUCAGAGAAAAAUCAGAGCGAGUAAAACAAAUUUCAAGAAAGCAGAAAAAUAUGCCUAUUCUAGUAAUACCGAAAAUUCAGUCAGAAAUAGUGACUCUAAGGAGGGAGGGGAAAAUAAUAAUUAUGUUAAAGAAAAGAGUGUAAAACAACGUAAUAAAAUGGGAGAAGUAAAUAUAGAUUCAGAUACUCAUGAAGAAGUGGAGAGAAACGCAGAAGGAAGAGGAAGGAAAAAAAAAGCAAAGAAAGAAAAAGAAGCUGAAAACUCCCAUAAAAUAUAUUAUGAUAAGAGUCAGAGAAAGACGAAAACAAAAAUGAAGAAAGAAAAGUUUAAGGAAAGAUACAAACAUAGCAGCAAUUCUUCCGAUGAGGAAAACAAAAACGUGCGCCAUGUGAAGGGAAGAAAUCGAUCAAAUGAUCGAAGGAAAGAAGGCAUAAAUUUAAAGGAGAAAAACAAAUCAAAUAAUAAACAACAUCGGAAGGAGGAACAUGACAAAACAUUUUUGGAAAAUUCUACUAAGAAAAGAAAACGACACCAUGAUAGCAGUUCUUCAGAUGGAAUGAAAAAAAUAGUUCAGUCAAAUGUGGGCAGAAGCAAUAAGAGAGAAAUAAAAAGAAGCAUAUCCAUCACCUCAGGGGACAUGGGCUCCGAAACAAAAAGAAAAAAUCAUAGACAAACAAAAAGAAGCAAUCAUAACGAAACAAAAAGAAACAAUCAUAACGAAACAAAAAGAAACAAUCAUAACGAAACAAAAAGAAACAGUCAAAGCGAAACAAAUAGCACAUCGAAGAAUAAAAAACGGGAAAGCAAGGAUGAUAUUGUACUUCACGCUAAGAAGAAACCACCAGGAUACAACACACGCAGCAGGAGAAGAAGGAAUGAACCAUAUAUAUCAUCUAGCUCAAAAAGUUCAUACAAUGGGGAAAAAAGAAAGAGUUCCUCGACACGCCAUAAAAAUCACAGUUCUUUAGCUCAUUCAGAUGUACUGAGGGGACACCAUCUCUUCGAGAAGGAGAGUGGAAGAAAUACAGACAUCGUUAAAAUGGGCAAAGAGAGACGGGAAAGGGGAACAGAUGAUCGAAACAGUGGGCACAUUGGAUACAACAGAAGAAGAGGAAGAAAAACUCCAAAUGAAAAAAACAAAGAGAAAGGGAAAUGUCGCAACGAGAAGAAUGUCAACAGUUUGGCUAGUAGCUCAGUAAGCAGUUUGGAAAAUAGCUCAGUAAGCAGUUUGGCUAAUAGCUCAGUAAGCAGUUUGGCUAAUAGCUCAGUAAGCAGUUUGGCUAGUAGCUCGCUAAGCAGUUUGGCUAGCAGGUCGGUAAGUAGUUUGGCUAGCAGGUCGGUAAGUAGUUUGGCUAGCAGGUCGGUAAGUAGUUUGGCUAGCAGGUCGGUAAGCAGCUCAGAUGGAAAAGCAAAGUCGACUAAUGAAGGAAGGAGGGGAAAAAGAAAGAAAGGAAAGGGGCUCAAAGGGGAUCGAAAAGAUAAUCCACACAUGGGUUCGAAAAUGGGUUCGAAAAUGGAUUCAGAAAUGGAUUCAGAAAUGGACCCAGAAGUGGAUCGAAAUGGGGCUCCCCGAAUGAACCGUAAAACAAGGCGAAGAGAAAACUCCGAGAAAUCAUUUGACCCCUUUGAAGAGGACAUAAAGGGAAAAAUCGAAAUUAAUGAAGAUCUAAUUGAAUAUGCAAAGAAGAAAAUUGCAAAUGUAACAACAGAUGAUAUAGGAAGAUCUGGAGGAGUGUACAUACCACCAUUCAAGUUAGAAAGACUUAAGAAGGAGGAAACUGAUAAGAAAAGUAGUUUAUAUCAAAAGCAAGAAUGGAUGAAGUUAAAAAAGAAAAUAAACAAUAUAGUAAAUAAAGUAAAUAUAGACAAUAUAGGAGAGAUAUGUUACGAAUUAUUUGAAUGUAAUUUGAUAAGAGGCAAGGGAAUAUUCAGUCGCGCAAUAUUACAUGCACAGUUAAGUUCCCCAGCCUUUACUAACGUUUUUUCAGCAUUGUUAUGUAUUGUGAAUUCAAAAUUUCCAACAAUAGGUUUAUUAACAAUACAAAGAAUAAUUAUACUUUUUCGAAGAGCAUAUAAAAGAAAUGAUAAAAUUCUUUGCUUCAAUAGUGUAAAGUUUAUAGCUCAUAUGAUUAAUCAAAGAAUACUUCAUGAAAUUGUAGGAUUACAGUUAUGUUCCCUACUUUUACAAAACAUAACAAAUGAUUCGAUUCAAGUGUGUACAUAUUUCUUAGCAGAGGUUGGUCAACUUUAUAUGAAUAUUUGCCGAAGAGGAAUUGAUAUAAUUUUUGAUAGAUUGAAAGAUAUUAUACAAGAAGGGAAGAUAAAUAUAAAAACACAAUAUGAUAUUGAAAAAUUGUGGAAUUAUAGGAAAAACUACUUUAGUGAUUUUCCAACAGUUCUUGAAGACUUAGACUUAAUUGACGAAGAGGAAAAAAUUGUUCAUGAAAUUGACCUACUUGAUGAAUCAUUUGAGAAUCAAGAAGAAUUAAACAUAUUUAAGGAGGUUCCUUAUGAGCAGUACGAGGAGGAAAAUCUGGAAUGGAAAAACAUUGCAAAUGAAUUACUUCAUGGAGAUGGCACCGAUCAUGGAGGAAAGAGAAAGCCGGACGAAAGAACUCGUGGGGAAAACACGUCUCUAACUAGCCAAAGUAGCGGAAAUGAAAGUGGACGAGGCGAGAAUGAAAGUGAACAAAGCGAACAUGAAAGUAGUUACCAAAGCAGCAUCGACUCAGAAAACGAGAAUCGGGAUUGUCGAAGGAAAAAGGGAUCGAACAGCUAUUGCCAGAUGGGGGAAGAAGGUAGUAGUAGUGAUGGUGGUAGCGAUGGACGGGAUGGCAGUGGCGAAGAUGAAGGCAAAGAAGAAAUAACAGACAUGACAGAACAGUAUCUAAUAAAUCUGAGGAAAAAUGUAUACCUCUCAAUCAUGUCAUCACUAAGCUUCGAAGAGUGCGUUCACAAAUUAUUAAAAUUGAAUAUAAAACAAGGGUACGAAAUAGAAAUAUGUAACAUGCUAAUUGAUUGCUGUUGCAUGGAAAAAACUUUUCAAAAGUUUUAUGCCCUACAAGCAGAAAGAUUAUGUAAAUUAAAAAACAUAUACCAAGAAAAUUUUGAAAAAUGUUUCCAAAAUUCAUAUAAUACAGCGCAUAGAUUGGAAACGGCAAAAUUAAGGAACUGUGCAAAAUUAUUUGCUCAUUUGUUAUAUACAGAUGCCAUCUCUUGGAGUAUUUUCACCAAUAUAAAAUUAUCCGAAGAAGAUACUACAUCUUCAACAAGAAUUUUUAUUAAAAUUCUAUUACAAGAAUUAACCAAUAAUUUAGGAAUGCAAACAUUUUAUCAUAAAAUUAAUCACCCAGCUAUAUCACCUUUUAUGACCGGCUUAUUCCCAACCAACAAUGCCCAGGACGUUCGAUUUUGCAUCAACUUUUUCACCGCCAUAGGUCUUGGUGCUUUAACUUCCUCCAUGCGGAAGUUGCUUCAGAGCUGA